UGCUGAGAUAAGAAUUGCAGACAAUGAGUCGCCGCCUAGCUUCACGAAGGUAGUGGUGUUUGCGGUACAGUUGAUCUCAUCUGUGCUCACACCAAGAACUGUCGACAUUGCCUGAACUACAAUAGCGAUGUAUUCAUUGUCGCUAAUUGAUCCCAUUAUGACUGUUUUAGAAUUUUUGACGACUGUGCCGCUUCAAACAUUCCAGCUUUAAGGCUUAUUUAUAAAUCAUUUCGUCGCCGCAAUACACGCAUGGAUCGCAACGAUUUGAGUAUAUAUAUUUGUCAUAGCAUUCAAGGUUAUAUGACUCUUGUAGCGGGGCCGAGAAAUCCGGCUUAGCCUGAGCAAUAAGUAUUUGUAAUGAUGUUUCGCCUCACAACACAUCUUUGCCGUUCGUACGUGAGAGACUAGUGCUGAAGCUGACCUAGCUACUGUGUAAAUUAUCAACUUGAACAUCACAAUGGCAACUUUGAAGAUUGCCAUCAUCGGAGGUGGCCCAGCUGGCCUCACAUUGGCAAAGCUGCUGCAAAAAGCAAACAUAGGUUGUAAGGUAUUCGAAAGGGAUGCAUACCGCCAUGCGAAGAAUCGUGGUGGCUCGUUGGACCUUCACCCGGAGUCUGGGCAACGCGCCCUAAAAGAGGCCGGUCUACUCGAUGAGUUCAAGAAGCUCUCCAGGCCAGAGGGUGAAACUCUGCGAAUCUACUCUCCCGACGGCAAUGUUCUUAUGGAUGAGAGCAGAGGUGAGCCCGGCCGUCCCGGAGAGUUCGCCAACAGGCCCGAAAUCGACCGCACGCAAUUACGCGACCUGCUCUUAGAUUCGCUAGCACCUGAUACAAUAGACUGGAACUCAAGACUUCUCAAAAUCCGUGCCCAGGGAGAUUCAAAGCUAGCCUUGCUUUUCACUAAUGGUAAUGAAGAAGGCGACUUUGACCUAGUCGUCGGUGCCGAUGGGGCUUGGUCUAAAGUCCGAUCAAGCGUAAGCGAAACCGAGCCUUUAUACUCGGGUAUAAGCGGCCUAGACUGUCGCAUUUCCGAUGUGGACGCUAGGUUUGAAGAGCUGUCCGCGCACGUGGGACAGGGAAUGUGUCUCAAUCUGGGGUCGGACAAGGGCCUUCUAUGUCAACGAAAUGGCGAUGGCUCGGUUCAGCUCUAUGCUUUCGCCCGGCUGCCGAACGAGUGGUUCUCCACAUGCGGGAUCGACUUCACUCAUCCCAGGGCACGGCAAGAGGUCGUUGAUGCACUUUUCCCAGAAUAUACCGCCCUGCAGAAGUCUCUAGUGCUCAACAGCGAUCCAGAUACUGUAGGACGACAGCUCUAUAUGCUUCCCGUAGGAUUUCAGUGGACGCAUAACCCAAGGAUUACACUCAUCGGAGAUGCUGCGCAUUUGAUGAAUCCAUUUGCGGGAGUCGGCGUCAACGUAGCUAUGGAAGACGCAUUAGAGCUUGCACAUGCCAUUAUCGGGGAAAAGGUUGAGGAAGAACAGCUAUCAUCAUUAAGUGUGCGCCUCCAGAAGUUCGAAGUCGGGAUGUGGAAACGAGCGAAGCAAAAUGCGGAAGCUACGGUGAUGUACCAAAACCUCUUUUUCCAUAAACGAGGCGGUGUCGCUAUGGUGGAGCAUUUCGCGAAAAGAAGGCAGGAAGACGAACAGCAAAAUUGAUGGCCAUCCUUACUUAUAGUUACCAGUUGCAUAACCAUUCACCUAUUCUGAUCAAAAAUUAUAUGUCACAGUAAUUCCGAUAAAUCCGACCCAUUGCGACCCUCCGACGGAAAAUCCGGGAAGACAACAACCCUCGUAGCCUCAGGCAUCCCCCUUAGUAAACUCGAGGCACUUGAGUGUAGCUUAUACCUACCUAUCUAAGGUAAGGCUUUGACAGUAGCAACGAUACAGC